AUGGGCGGCCCGUACAGUGUCGUUGUGCACACGCCAGACGCCUGGAGCUCCCCAUCCCUCGGGAAUCAGGGGACGGGCCCGGGGGCCGCCGGGAAAAUCCGAGGAUGGACGCCCGCCUGCCUAAGCUUGUCCCGCUCGUUUGGCCUCCCAUCUGACCUGGGGGACGGGGGAGACCAGCCUUGGGCGUCCGUCCUGGCGCUGAGUCGGCGGUCGGAGGGGGCGUGGCCUAGAUUGGAAGCGGGGGGGGAACGAGGGGUGGGCGUGGCCGGGGCUGGAAGUGGACGAGAUCUCGCGAGACCGGCCGGCUUGCGGCGGGGUGGGGGGGGUCAGAGGUCAGACGGGAUGGCGGCGUCCACGGGCGACGCGUUCUGGUGGUGCGAGGGCCCUGCUCGGGAAGCCGUGGACGUCCGCUUCGUCAGCGCCGACAAGGGGAAGGGGCUCUUUGCCAGGCGGCCGGUGCCCAAGGGGCAGACCAUCUUCCGGGAGCAUCCCUUGGUGGCAUCUCAGUUCCUCUGGAACGCCCAGUACCGUUACCGAGCGUGCGAUCACUGCCUCAAGUCCUUGGAGACGGCGGAGGAGAACGCCCAGCGCCUGUCGGGUAACCCCUGCCGGACCCUCCCUCACCCCGAGCAAUGUACCAUCCGCCAGGACCUCCACCAGACCUGCCCCUCCUGCCAGGUGGCAUAUUGCAGCUCCGAUUGCCGGCGGGCGGCGGCCGAACAGUACCACCAGGCGCUCUGUAUGGGCCCGUCUCACCUGGAUCCCAACCACCCGCUCAACAAGUUGCAGGAGGCCUGGAGGAAUAUCCACUACCCCCCGGAGACGGCCAGCAUCAUGCUGAUGGCCAGGAUGGUGGCCACCGUCAAACAGGCCAAGGACAAGGAGCGCUGGAUCAGACUCUUCUCCCAGUUCUGCAGCAAGACGGCCAACGAAGAGGAGGAGAUCGUGCAUAAACUCCUGGGUGACAAGUUCAAGGGGCAACUGGAGCUUCUGCGCCGGCUUUUCACUGAGGCCCUGUACGAGGAACAGCUCAGCAGGUGGUUCACCCCCGACGGAUUUCGCUCUCUGUUCGCCCUGGUGGGCACCAACGGGCAAGGAAUCGGGACGAGCUCCCUGAGUCAGUGGGUUCAAGGCUGCGACGCUCUGGAGCUGCAAGCCCAGGACCGGCAGCAGCUGGACGCUUUCAUCGACCAGCUCUACAAGGACAUCGAGAGAGAGACGGGCGAGUUUCUGAACUGCGAGGGGUCGGGUCUGUACAUGCUCCAGAGCUGCUGUAACCACAGCUGCAUCCCCAAUGCGGAGGCCUCCUUCCCGGACAACAACUCUCUCCUGCACUUGACCGCGGUGGAGGACAUCGAGGCGGGAGAGGAAAUCUGCAUCAGCUACUUAGACUGCUGCCAACGCGGUCGGAGCCGCCACAGCCGCCACAAGAUCCUCCGGGAAAACUACCUCUUCGUCUGCUCGUGCCCCAAAUGCGUGGCGGAGGCGGAGGAGCCCAGCGUGACCUCCGAGGAAGAGGAGGAGGAGGACGACGAGGAGGAGGAGGAGGAGCUGGAGGGGCAGGGGGGCACGGAGCUGGAGGACGAGAUGACCGACGUUUGAGGCGGGGGUCCCUCCCCGAGGCCCGGUUUGGGGCACGGGGGGCGACGCCACGGUGUGGGGCGGUGGGACCUCAGAAAGCGGCCGGACAGCCCAACCCCGCCCGUCUCUAGCUUCCCACGGACACCAUCCUGCGGGCACAGAGUUCGGGGGCGGGCCCGGGCUGUCCCCUCUGAACGAAAGAAAGGGAGGGGAGAGGGGGGCAAGAACCACAGGGUCGAUAGACGAGAUGCCCGCCCGCGAGGCGCCGAUGAUCCCACGGCAUCCCGGCCGGGCCGAGGGUGGGCACCACGCCUAGUCGCGUGCCAACGUCCCGGGCAGGGAGAGUAUACGGGGGAGCAUCCAAGCCUCUCCGGCCUGCCGAGGUCUUCCCCUCGAGACCUCGGCCGGAGCGCGGGGCGGGCAUCGGGCACUUCAGGCCCAUCCCCGGUCGGACACUUUCCCGGCAGCCAACAGUUGCCCGUUUGCCCGGCCCCAGGGACCAAAGGUAGCCCAGCCACCCGUUCCUUCAGCCCCCAUCCUCUCCCUCCCCACCCCGAAGCCAAUAUUCCCGAACCCCGUCUCUGCUGCCCGUCUCCUCCCGCCCCCACGAGUGAAGCUGUCUGCCCGCCCAAGCAUCCUCAAUAAAGCAUCCGUGGGCACAGGAACGUUUUCCCGGAGAUUGACUUUGUCCCCAAGGAAGGACGGGGCUGCGUUGGCGGUUUUUUUUUACACUAUUUAUUAAGCACUUUCUACGCGCCAGG